GAAACCGGAAGUUUACUAUAAAGUCGCGCCAACACUGAAUAGAUCCAGGUCUACUGCUAAACAUUUUAGAAUAAUUUUAGAUUCAAUAACAUCUAUUCUUGAGAAAUGAAACCCCUAAAAAUUGCCCACACUGAUGGACAUACUGAUGUGUGUUAUGAUUCUUCCGGAAAUUUUAUACUUACCAGUGGGGCUGAUGGGAAAAUUUGUAUUUGGGAAGGAAGAGAUGACACAGAUACAACUACAGUGAACAUAGGCAACAGCAUUUUUGCCAUAGCUUUUCAGGGUGGACGAUUUUUCGCUGCCACCAAUGAAAACACCAUUCAGAUUCACACCUUUCCAGAUGGUGUUGGGGAUGGCAUGGUUACAAGGUUUACUGCACCCUGUCGUCAUUUCUGUAUUUGUGAAGAUGGGUCUAUACUGGUGGCGGGCGCUGAUGAUUUUAAAAUCAAAGUCAUCUCAAUGGAAGAGAAUGAAUGCACUGUGUUAUACUCAGGUCACCAGGCCCCCGUGUUGAGUGUUUGUCUGGAUCCCACCAGAGAAUUUGUUGCCUCAUCAAGUUGUGAUGGUACUGUGAAAAUUUGGAGCAUAGUUGAUGGAGCUACAGAGAAAACUUUGAAUUUGUUGACCAAAUGUAAUGAAGUUUGUCAAGCCAAAACACUUUGCAGGAUGUGUUGGUCACAUGAUGGAGAGUUCUUGUUGGUCCCAGUAGAGAGUGAAAUCCAUAUUUACCUUCGUUCAUCAUGGGAAGUUGUAAGGAAAGUGAGCAGUUCAGACAUUAAAGAGGUUAUAAAUGUGAUGAGCAUGUGCCCAGAUGGAAAGCAUGUUGCUGUUGGCUGCAGCAAUGGAGGGAUUGCAGUUUUUGACUGGCAGAACAACAGACUUGUAGACAAACAUUCUCACCCUAAGCACUUAGCUAUAACUUCAGUGGCAUGGAAUCCACUUCAAUGGAGUGAGCUUGCAUUCUGCGACAAUGUUGGACAACUGGGUUUUCUGGACAUAGCAGCUGUUGAAAAUAAGACUGAAGUUACUGGCAAUGGUUCUAGAGCAUUUGAUGAUGUGGAUGAUGAUAUGCUCAUCUCAGCUAGUGGGCAUCCAAGUAAAGACAUGGAUGAUGUUAAUAAGUUUCUUGAAGAUGAUGACAACAGCAUAGACAUCGGCAGUAUCAAAAGAAGCUUGAACCUAGACAAUGAAGAUACCAAUUCCAUGGCAGCAAGCAAAGAUGGUGACUCUAAAGCUGCACCACCUUCAGUCCCCAUGAUGUCACUUCCUGCAGACAUUUUUAAACCUACACCUCCACAAGCUCCAUUUCAGCCUGGCUCAACACCAGAACAUCUCUCAAGUAGAUUUAUGAUGUGGAACUCUGUUGGUAUUGUGAGACAGUAUGUUUCUGAUGAUGAGAACUCUAUUGAUGUUGAGUUCCAUGACACAACAACCCACCAUGCAUUGCACAUAGACAAUAAAUCAGAUUAUGUGAUGGCAGCUUUAUCUAAGCAGGCUGUGCUGUUUGCUUCAAGGGAAGAAGAUGACAAUCCAAGCAAACUCUUCUGUAUGCACUUUGGCUCAUGGGAUAGCCACAAAGAAUGGUCGUACUCCAUGCCCCUUGGCGAGGAUAUAAGGGCUAUUACUGUGACCAAUGGCUGGGUUGCCGUGGCAACAGAGAGCCGCAUGCUGAGGAUGUUUACACUAGGAGGCCUGCAGCGCCAGAUUUUCUCCCUCCCCGGAAAUGUUGUGGCCCUGGCGUCACAUGAGAACACUCUACUGGUUGUGUACCACAAAGGGAUGGGGUUGCCGGGAGACCAGUUUAUGGGUGUUAUGGUCCUAAAAGUUCAGGGAAACACUAGAAGAAUGAUAAUUAACGACACGCUGCCUUUAUCACCAGCAUCUAAACUUUCAUGGAUAGGUUUCUCAGAGGAAGGGAAUGUUUUUUAUAUGGAUGUGGCAGGUGUUGUCAGAAUGUUAAAUCGUAACUUUAGCUCCACCUGGUGUCCAGUUGCUAAUACUAAGCAGCAUGUGAAGGGGAAAUCUGACCAUUAUUGGCUUGUGAGUGUUUGUGAAAAGUUUCAACAAUUAAGGUGUGUUCCUUGCAAAGGUUCACGGUUCCCUGCAACGUUGCCUAGACCAGCUCUGGCUGUUUUGUCGUUCCAACUACCAAUGUGUGAUCCAGAAUCUGAGAAAACUCAAUACGAAGAAACUUAUCAGCGCAGCUACAUGUUUGCAAAAAAUCUGACGGGCCCAGAUAUUGAUGAGGAGGAAUUAAAUAAACCAGUUCGGGAAGCGCUCAUACGUUUAUUUGCCUUUGCGGCUAAAUCUGAAAGAGAUUUUAGAGCUCUGGAAGUUUGUGGCAUGAUGGAGGAUCACAACUUACUUCAUCUGGCAGCUACGUAUGCAACACGACUCAGGCGCAUACAGUUAGCAGAGCGUGUCAGUGAGUUCAUGCAGGAACGUCAGGAGGCCCUGGAACAGAAGCAGGAUGAUGAGCAGGAGAGCGAAGAGGAAGACCAAACAGAAUCUGCAUCAAAUACAUUUUCACAAUCUAAUGCAGUAGACAAUGAUGAUGACACAGAAAUGGGAACAGAGAAUGAAGAAACAGUUGACAGUGAUAAUAAAAACUUUAGUUCAGGCCCAAUUUUGAAAACAUCAGUAGAAAAAGAGUCAAAAUUUAAAAUAAAAUCAUCGGGGAGACCCAAUCCUUUCAAGAUGUUGACUGUAGCUGAUAAAAAGCCAACCAAGGGUACCCAGAUUUUUGACAAGAUGGAAAAGACAACACCCAAAGCCUCCCCAAUAUUUGCCCCCUUGCCAGUUAACAUAAAGAAAUCAACUAAAAAGCAAACUGUUAAUCAGCCCAAAUUAACAAGUUUUAAGAAAGAAGACAAAAAAGAAACCAAAUCUAGCUUGAACCAAGAAGUUUCUGAAAAUGUGGUUGUCAAAAAGAAAGUCAGUGCCUUUAGUCUAUGGUACGAAGAGUCUAAAGCUGAUCUAAUGGAGGAACACCCAGAACUCUCAGAGGAAGAUUUAGGUCAAGCUGGUGCAGAAAAAUUUAGAGCUUUAUCUAAAGAAGAAAGGGAGUUGUGGGUGAUGAAGGCAAAAGAAGCAUCGAAUGAAGUUGAACCAUCAAAGAAAAGAAAACUGUCAGGGGACUCAGAUGGUAAGGGAACACAAGAAGAGCAGAAAAGGAUCAAGACAGAAAGCAAGCCUCUUUCUCAAACAACCAAUGCCAAGUUAGCAAAGUUUGCUAAACAAGAGUAGACCACUCACCUUCGCUGUGUUAACUUUAUGUGAAAUGUGUUGCCAUGAAAUAUUUAUUGUACAGUGUGUAUAGCUUUCUUAAUGUAUACUUUUUUUUUUUUUGAGGAGACAGUAAAAUAAUUUGCAAAUAAAAAAC